AUGUCUAAAAUCUCCAAGACUAACGUGAACCAUGCUGCGGGUAUCUUCGCCGACAUGUCGGUCGAUGGGCCUGCCAUUGGUACCCUCGUCGCCAUUGUCGACCGAGCGAAGAACCUACCCAACCGCAAAACGAUGGGCAAGCAAAACCCAUAUUGUGCCGCUCGCUUGGGUAAAGAGGCGAAAAAGACUCCUACAGAUCUGCGAGGUGGGCAAACGCCUCGAUGGGAUCACGAGCUUCGAUUUACAGUACACGAGUCUCCUGAUUACUUCAGAAUGAAACUCUCAAUAUUCAACGAUGACAAGAAGUCAGAUUUAAUUGGCGAGACCUGGGUCGACCUGCAGAACUUGAUCAUUCCCGGCGGCAGCCAAAACGACCAUUGGCACGUCCUUCAGAGCCGAGGCAAAUACGCCGGUGAAGUCCGCCUCGAGAUGACAUAUUACGAUACCCGUGAGCAGGACGAGACGGUGAUUGAACGACGCAAAGGCGCAGCCGAAAGAGCACAAGGCAAAGUUGCAAGUCCGUCGACAAGCUCCGCGCUAUCUGGAGCAUCUACAGCUUCAGCCGCGUCUGGACUGUCUGGUCCUCGUCAGUUGGAAAAGGUCAAGAGACGCCCUCUGCCUACAGGCCUGUCUGGGGCCACUCCUGCCAGACCUCCAGCUCCAGAACACGUCCAGUCAGCACCUUCAUUGCACCACCCCAUGCCUGCCAUGCCGGCCAGGCCAGCCGUCCGUGACAUUGCCCAGACUAUGCCAUUAGCUGCUGCACCCGAGCCUCUCUCCUAUAUUCCCAGACAACCCGAACCCUCUUACGAUACCCAAUCAUAUGCUCCGUCUUCUGACAUGCAACCUAGAGGGGGUUACGACGGCUCCGAUGAUUACCAACGGGAAUGGAGUGCUCCUCCGUCCCUCCCUGCUGCGGGUAUGGUGAGAAGCAACACCCAGGAAACCCCUUACCAUACCCCCGAGGCCCCUAACCACGUAUACGACUCGCGUCCUCAGCAACCACGCAGUCACCCUGACUACGAUCGUCCUCCCUCGCGUGACUACCGGUCGGCAUCAGAGCCACCUUUCGACUCUGAAAUGGAUGCAAGGAUGCAGUAUGAUGCUGUUCCACAAGUUCAGGAUGCUUAUAGUCAAAUGGCCUCACCCCAGUAUAAUGUGAAUCCCGUGACGUUUGGGCAAGUCUCAACCUUUUCACCACACCUAGCGGACAACAUGCCUGCGCCGUCAAACUAUGGCCGUCCUGGUUCAUCAUCUGGGCCGGCGGAUGAUCUUCGAUACCAGCCGCGCUUCAAAGCUUUGCCACCCGCCCAUGUUGACGAAUAUCAUCCAGAGUAUGCUGGAAUGCAGCCCAGUGUGGAAGAUGAAGAAGAUUUUGACAGGCCGCCGCCCCCGCCGCCUGUUCACCGUUCUCGGAUGGCACAGCAUGCAUCGGCGGCACCAUCAGCACAAUCUCCAAAUAUCACCCAGUUGCCGUCUUCAUAUAGACCGUAUAAUCCUUCCGUGCCUGCGAGUCUGGUCGCCGGUUUCGAGGCCCACAGUCACGCCGAUCAUGCGGUGUAUGAAGAUCGAAGCGGCCGGAGACGCAGUGCACUUUUCGACGAUGAAAUGAUGCUAGCUCAGCAACCUGAAGUAGCACCGGCACCGGCGCCCUCACACUACGAGGCUCCCAUCUACCCUCUCCGCACAUCUCCCAGGCCCAUGGACGAUUAUUCAGGCAUUAUUGUAAGCCGAGCAGGCCAAGCUAGGUCGGUGAGCCCAGAUACGCGGAUGAUUACCCGCAAAUCGGUCAGCCCUCGACCUUCAUCCUCGGAUAGCCGUGCAGGCUCCUCUGUCCCUUUCUCCCCGACUCCUACAACUCCUUCAAUCACCAUUCCCGGCCUGCAAGCUCUCGGGGGAACUGUGUCGUCUCGGUCCGAGUUUGAAUCCAUUCGAGACCCGAAUGAGCCUAUCAUCGGUGAUGAUGGUCGCGAAAUUGAUCCCUCGGACCACCUGCCCACAGAAACAUGGGCCCCUGAGCCGGAGAAAAAAAACCGCAAGCCGGAGGUCAUUAUUCGAUUCAAAAAUUCACCCCGGCCGACAUCCCGUGGCAACGACACGCCUGUUCGAAGCACACCGCCGCGCGUGGGAUUCCGCACUACUCCCGACACUUCAAGCGAUUACAGGCGAUACAAUCCGUCUGUGCACUCUGAUUUCGUGGAGCGCACUCCUCCUCGGGCUGAUCGGGGACAAGAAAGUUAUAGCAGUGUCACACAUAGUCGUGGCUACAGCACCCCGACAUCUGCUGACCGACCUCGCUCCUCCCAUCGAGGCUCGGUUUCUCCCACGCCCAGCGCUCGCUCGCCGCUAUAUGACUACAGCCCUGGACCGCCUAUUCCUUCCAAGGUACCGGUCUCCCAAGGAGCACCAGCCUACCCGGUUGCAUCCAGCAACGUGAGGGGAGGUCGACCGGGAAUGGAUGCACUAAGCCGCGAGCUCAGCACAAUCGACAUCGGUUCCGCGAGCUGCAGUCCAAGUCGAGCUGUGCGGAGAUACGCACCACCUCGGCCUUCGGCGUCAAUGGGCUAUGCCAGUUAA